GGACCGGUCCUCAGAUCAGAGAAGACCAGCUCUGGGUGGGGCAGAGUAGGAGGCCUUGAGCCCAGCCCCUGCCUCCACCUUGCUCGCCAUUGGGCUGGGAAGGGGGCCCAACACAAAGGACAGAAGCAGAAAGCACCAGAAACCUGGGAUCCUGUGACACCAGAUCCCACAUGGGCCCUGUAGGGGGUGUGGGGAACAGGGCUCUUAGUUGACCUGGGCCCUGGGCUGUCUCAGGAAGCCAGGCUCAUGAGGUCUGCUGGGGGCAUGGCAGGUAGAACCCUGGCCCUGUGUGAGGUGAGGCAUGGUUGCCAGGUGACGGUGCCAGGGUAGCCACCCACCAUCAGAAGCACUCUGCUUGCUGUGCUCUCCCCUCAGCUGCAGCUACCCCGGUGCCGCUCCUUCCCGGCCACCAUGGCACGGCAGCUCAACAUGGACACGGUGCGGCAGAACUUCUGGAAGGAGGAAUAUCUGAGGGAAAAGAUGUUGCGCUGUGAAUGGUACCGCAAGUAUGGGUCGAUGGUGAAGGCCAAGCAGAAGGCUAAGGCUGCAGCCCGCCUGCCCCUCAAACUGCCCACCCUGUACCCCAAAGCCCCACUCUCACCCCCACCCGCCCCCAAGUCUGCCCCUUCCAAGGCACCCAGCCCUGUCCCAGAGGCUCCUUUUGAGGCAGAAAUGUACCCAGUACCACCUGCCACCCGAGCCCUGCUGUAUGAAGGCAUCUCCCACGACUUCCAGGGGCGCUAUCGCUACCUCAACACUCGAAAACUGGACAUGCCAGAGACGCGAUACCUCUUCCCCAUCACCACCAACUUCAUGUAUGGCUGGCAGCUGGGCCCCCCAGUGAAGCAAGAACUGGUCUCCUGCAAGAUGUGCCGCAUUGAGUCAUUCUUCCGCAAGAACGGGGCUUUCGCACUACUGGAUCCCAGGGACCUGGCCCUCUGACCAUUGGCCAGGCAUGGGCUUAGGGGAAGGAAGAAAAAAUAACGGGCCUCCUGGUGGGGCAAAGCUGC